AUGUUAAUACCACCCGGCGCGGUCAUUUUCUGCUACUGCUGCUGCGGGCUCCUCCGUCCGAGACAGAUGUUGCGAAACCAAGGCCUCCUCAAGUGCCGCUGCCGCAUGCUCUUCAAUGACCUGAAGGUCUUCCUGCUGCGGAGACCCCCCGCCCCGCCGCCGCCCUCCCCGCCGCCGCCGCUCCCCAUGCCCGGCGGCGCAGAGGCGGCGGCGGGCGGCCCGGCGGGGGCCGCACCGCCCGGGGGGCGCGGGCCCGGCUGGCGGGCGGCGGCGGCGGCGGGCGGCGGCGGGGCGGGCAGCCCGGCCGCCGAGGAGUGGGGCAGCCCCGCCGGGGAGCCGCCCGCCUCCCUGCCCAGCAGCACCUCCUCGGACGACUUCGGCAAGGGCAAGGCCGAGGACCGCUACUCGCUGGGCAGCAGCGUCGACAGCGGCAUCCGCACCCCGCUCUGCAGGAUCUGCUUCCAGGGGCCCGAGCAGGGGGAGUUGCUGAGCCCAUGUCGAUGCGACGGAUCGGUGAAGUGCACGCACCAGCCAUGUCUGAUCAAAUGGAUUAGUGAGAGAGGCUGCUGGAGCUGUGAGCUGUGUUACUACAAGUAUCACGUCAUUGCCAUAAGCACAAAGAACCCUCUGCAGUGGCAGGCCAUCUCUCUGACAGUCAUUGAGAAGGUUCAGAUAGCAGCAGCCAUCCUGGGUUCCCUCUUCCUCAUCGCCAGUAUCUCGUGGCUCAUAUGGUCGACCUUCAGUCCUUCAGCCAAAUGGCAGCGCCAGGACCUGCUUUUCCAGAUCUGCUAUGGAAUGUAUGGCUUCAUGGACAUUGUCUGUAUAGGUCUAAUAAUACACGAAGGGCCCUCGGUUUACCGGAUUUUUAAACGGUGGCAGGCGGUCAAUCAGCAGUGGAAAGUGCUGAACUAUGACAAAACAAAGGACAUGGAGGAACAAAAAACAGGGACCAGGACAAAUCAGCGCCCCUCCUCCCAAACCACCCAUUCGUCCUCCACUGGUGGUACAGCCACUAACUCCGCUCCAGCCGACAGCGGGGCACGGGCUGCCGGCCAUGCCACAGGCACCCUCUCUGACCACCACUGUGCUUAUACCAUCCUGCAUAUACUCAGCCACCUGAGGCCUCACGAACAGAGGAGUCAGUCUAGUAGUAACAGAGAGCUCGUCAUGAGGGUCACGACGGUCUGA